AGCUUUGAAAUCAUUUGCUUUGCAAAAAAUCUUUGAAAUCAUUUGAUUCGCCAUGCCUCCGACCAUCCGGUGGCAUCGGCCCUCACUCAGUAGCACACCUGAUUCAAAGACAGAGCCGUGCUAUUCUGGUUUGCAUUAACUUCUUUCCGUAUUGUUUUGGUGAAGGCUUCAUGUACCAUAUGCUAGAUUUCAUUUAAUAAUUUAAAAGCUAAACCACCAUGUGUGAAAAUGAUCUAAUAUGCACAAAAUGUCUUUGGUGCGUUGAAAGGAAGGAAUCGCUGAAGAACCAUCAACAAGUCCUAAAGUACAGCAGAUUUGGUAUCAAGCACACCCAGAGAGGCAGAACUUCAACACGCAGACAAUAAACAUGAUUGAAUUAAAAGUUUACCUUUGGAUCUUGCUUGUAUUCAUAUCUGCACGUGAUACCGCACAGCUGCAAUUUUCUGUUGCGUAUAACUUUAUGAACACCUCUGGAUCAUCGGCUAUUUUCCAGCCUUGGCUUGCAGCAAAAACUGGAACGAUCAAAUUCAACUUUAAGACAUUCGAUUCCGAUGGUCUGCUUUUCCAUGUUGGAGAUAACAACGAUCCAGAUAUGGCUGGAAAUUACAUGUAUCUGAAACUUGAAUGGGGAUCCGCUGUUCUAGUUACUCAGGUGCAUUACUUCUCUAAUGCUCACGAAGAGAAUAAGAUCGAGGAAAGAAUAAGCAUUGGGAAGAAUCUCGACGACGGGAAUUGGCAUGGAGUGAAUAUAGAACGAAAGGGUGCUUACACGGUGUUAAAAGUCGACAACGACGUCGCCUCGCUGCCUCUUGCUGACAGGAUAAGCAAUUUGAGAAUAACUUCGAAUUUGUAUCUUGGUGGCAUUCCAAGAAAAUAUCUAGAAGAGGGUUGUGAAUCCAAUAAAAAAAGAUUUCAAAGAUUCCUGGGUUGUAUAAAGGAUCUUGGCUACGGAGAAGGAACAUACAUUGGUCCACCACGCAUGAUUGACACCGAAUACGUGGAUCAAAGAGAGGUAUGUCUGGAUGCAUGUCUGCCAAGCAAUGAAUGCCAGAACGGGGGUAUAUGUCGUAACAAGUUCUUGGAUUAUGAAUGUGACUGUCGUGCAACUGGAUAUGAAGGAAUAUACUGUGAGAGGCCAUCGAUACUUCUUACUCUCGACGGACUUGGCUACUUAGAGCACCGUAGCUUUUCUGUGUCAAACAGAACAGAAAUUGUCAUCGGAUUCAAAACAAGAGCACGGGAAGGCAUCAUCUUUGGUUUAGGUGACAGAUUCAGCUUUAUUGUAAUUGAAAUCCUACAAGAAAAAUUAGCAGUUAGUGUCAAGCUUAAAACAGGUAAUAAAAAGACUGUCAUUCUACAGAGUUACAAGAUAAACGAUAAUGCUUGGCAUUACAUCAGGGUUUCCAGGCGAGAGCAGGAAGUCAGAGCACAAGUGGAUAAAACAUUUGAAGAGAAGUUGUUCCUAGAAGCAGCCGAUGAAAAUAACGGAAUCAUAGAUAAUGUCCACCUUGGUGGUGCAUGGAACACAGCUAAGAUAUUUCCUGGAUUCACACAAACAAAAUUCUGCGGAUGCAUGGCCCAUGUCUAUUUUAAUGAUGUGGACAUUCUGCAGCAUGGGCAAUAUAGAGGAAGUGCACGAAAGACUGGUCAAUGCGUUGAUAGUCUAUGUAUCAGCAAAUGAUGUGCGACUGUUUACGAAGUUCAUUGUAUCUAAAGAAGUAUAGAAUCAGUCGUAGUUUGUUCAAAAAUUGUGUGUUGUGUCGUACAAUCGAGUAAA